AAAUCAAUACGAUCGAAUUAUUAAUUACAAAAUGAGAGUAGAAAAACAUUAUGAAGAGGUAAAUUAUUACCUCCGUAUUUAUACGGAUUGGUCGUCCUAAUUUUGCAUCAAAACCCUUCCGCCGCUCUCACUGUUGCGAUCGAUCGGAUCCAUACGAUAGAUAGCAAAGAGGACAGCGUUAUUUGCGAAUCAAUCCCCUCCAAAUCUGUGCACCAGAAACGCUUACGCCUCGCCGUAGCUUGAAUAGCGACACAGAUUUAGAAAACCCUAGGCGUUCUGUUUUUCAUCGCCGGCGAUGGGAGAUCCCAACGAUCCAUUCAUGCGCAACAACAACAACAACGCCGUUCAGGCUCGCGCCAAGGCCCAAAACCGUGCGAACGUUAUGCAGCUCAAGCUGAUUGGUCAAAGCCACCCAACUGGAUUGACAAAUAAUUUGCUAAAACUGUUUGAACCUCGCCCACCUUUGGAAUUCAAACCACCUCCUGAGAAGAGAAAAUGCCCUCCAUAUUCAGGUAUGUCUCAAUUUGUUAAACACUUUGCUGAGCAUGAUGAGUAUGCUCCACCUGUCAAGGAGGUGGAAAUUCCGGCAGAGAGAAGGGCUAGGAUUCACAGGAUGCGACUCGAAAAGGGUGCCCAGAAGGCUGCUGAAGAGCUUGAAAAAUAUGAUCCAAAUAAUGAUCCAAAUGCUACCGGAGAUCCGUACAAGACAUUGUUUGUGGCUAGACUUAACUAUGAGACAACCGAAAGCAGAGUCAAAAGGGAAUUUGAGGCAUAUGGUCCUAUAAAGAGGGUAGGUAUUAUUGAGAACCCGAUGGGUGGUUCCAAUUUUUGGGUUUUGAGUUGGUAAGAGGUAACAUCUAUAUGGUUUGAUUCCUCUUCCCCUAUCCUCCACCACAAGUUGAUGAAUUACAUGGUAUCAGUCUUGUGUCUGUUAAUGAUGGUGGGUAUGCUCAUAUGCCCAAUUUCUAAAUCUAUAUUAGUUUUGUUUUUGAAAAAUUAACUUUAAUUAAUGGCAAAUUUCCUAAAUCUUUUUGCUCAUGGUCAACAAUAAUUUGAAUGUUGUGAUGAAAUUGUUCAAAAAAACAUUUCAAACCAUUAUACAUUGAACAAAUGGUCAGUCAUGAUUUUGUUUUGGUUUUAUGUCCGUGUCAGUUCUUAGGAUGCCUUGAAAUUUACUGUAUCUCUUCAUUUUACUGUGCACACACACAUGUAUAUAUAUGUCAUGUUCUCCUUGAUGACUUUUACUUAAAAGUCCCAAUAAAAGUCCACUUUAAAAAAAUUGUUUUUGUCCCAAGUGUCCUAUUUAAAACAAGAAGCUACUUUUAUAAUAAAAAAGUUUCUUAAACAAUUUGUGUAUAGAAAAUAUGGCGAAACCAACACCUGAAUUGAUAAAAACUACAGUUGAUUGUUUCCAAUUAUUGUUCCUUGCUAAAAUAAAAAAGUUACCUUGUUGCAACAUGGUUCUUCUUAUGGAACAGAGGAAGUAGAAGCUUUUUCUCAUGCAAUUUGAUUUUCGCUACCUUAUUUUCCCCAAGUUGUGCCUCACUCUAUGAGAAAUAAAUUUAUUACAUUUGUUAUGCCUCGCUCAGGUAAAAAUGUUCUCUUGAAUAAUGUUCUCAAGUAUGUUUGAGUCUUGAAAAUCUUCUUGUUGGUCAUGCCUUUCUAUUAGCUAAGUAGAUGACUCUGAUAGGGUUCAGCUGGUAGGUAAUAUUAUUGGUAAGGAUAAGUACUGUGUUCAUGGUAUCUUAUGAAUCCUUGUUAAAAUGGGCCACUAGUCCUGAAGACUUUCCUUCAUCCUGCAAAACUAAGCUGACCCUUGUAAGUUGAGCCAAGGCAUUGAUGCAUUGUGCAUUUUGGCCCUAUUGGAGCACCAAGAGAGAAUCAUACUAUUCCUGCGCUGGGUCAAGGGUAAAAAUUGUAGGGAGUAUAAACAUCUCUAUCCUUUUUAACUCUUCAUAUGUCCAAUUACUGCUACUAAAAUUUUAUUUUUGGAUUUAAAGGCAAUCAAAAAAGUUUCUGCACUUCG